GUCCCUCCCUCUUUCUCUUGUCACCGUGUUUCUCUGGAGGUGGAGAGAAGGGGGAGAUCCCGUCUUCCGCCGUCUUUUUUCUUUCUCUCUCCGGGGGAAAAAACAAGUGCUAUGCGUCUGUCCCGGGAGGGAGGACGCCUUCAGGUUCCGACGCCAACGGCUCUCCGCUCACCGCGACGCCGCCCGCUAGCAGGCCGGACGACAGGCGCCGGAGCCGGGCAGGACUGAGCCCAACGCCCGGGGUCUUGCUCGGAGGAAAGGCUGCACAUCCGCCGCUUUCUUUUCGGCACAACUGCAGUUGGUUCAUUGAUUUAUCCCCCCUCCCCACCCCCCGCCCGGUGUCCAGAAAUGUCUCCUCAGCCCUUUUCCGGUCCCUUUUAAACGGCCGUUCCUGUGUGGGAGCGGCCGUUUUGACUUUUGUCAAUCGAAAAUGUCCCGUUAGCUAGCUAACAGCCAAACCAGAAAACUCCCCCUUUUUUUCCGCGGAGCCCACCGUCUUCGCCCCGGUCCCGGCUGCCCCCCCUGUUUCUCCCUCGGUGGCCUUUUUUUAAAAUUCUCCUAAAAAAUGAACCGGCUGGAGGUGAACCGGUGAUGGCCGGUUGGGGUUUCCGUCUGUUUUUUUGACCAACGGUCGCGCCCGGGGAGAGGACCGCCGGGAGAAAGUGGAGCCGAGCCGGGAGUCCAGAGCCCGAGCCGUUGGGUUUGUUUAUUUACAAGAAACGGAGCUGGACCACCUCCAUUUAAAAGACACAAGGAGACAUGAGUCGGUCCUAGCUAACCGGGUUGUUUUUCCGCCUCGACUCGAGCCGGAUCACCGCCUCUGUGAUCCGUGCUGCCUUCAGGGACCGCGACAAUGAGGAUUGUUUGAAAAGGGAAGCCGUCUUCGUCUUCGCCCUUAAAACCUUCACACACACACACAGACAGAGCCUGCUGGGACUGAGAACCAGGCUUGUCAUUUUUUAUUAUAAUUUUGCCCCCGAACUUAACGUCUUUGCCCAGUUUUGUGUGAAUCCUGGACGGAUACCCGCGCUCAUAGGGAGGAGGAUGUCUUUACGCACGGCCCUGCCUGGGAACGAGAGGAACUCGGACCACCACACCUCGCUGUCGGCCAGCCGCUCGGAGAAGGGCACGGGCUGGUCCAGCCGCUCGCUGGGCGCCAGAUGCCGUAACUCCAUCGCCCUGUGCUCCGACGAGCAGCCGCACAUCGGCAACUACAGGCUGCUGAAGACCAUCGGCAAGGGGAACUUCGCCAAAGUCAAGCUGGCCAGGCACAUAUUAACCGGCAGAGAGGUGGCUAUAAAGAUCAUAGAUAAAACACAGCUCAACCCAACCAGCCUGGUGAAGCUGUUUCGAGAGGUACGGAUCAUGAAAACUCUCAACCACCCCAACAUAGUCCAGCUGUUUGAGGUGAUUGAAACGGAGAGGACGCUCUACCUGGUUAUGGAGUACGCCAGCGGAGGCGAAGUGUUCGACUACCUCGUGGCUCACGGCAGAAUGAAGGAGAAGGAGGCCAGAGCCAAGUUCAGACAGAUUGUCUCGGCGGUGCACUACUGCCAUCAGAAGAACAUUGUUCACAGAGACUUGAAGGCGGAAAACCUGCUGUUAGACGCCGACUCCAACAUCAAAAUCGCCGACUUUGGCUUCAGCAACGAGUUCACCGAGGGCAGCAAGCUGGACACGUUCUGCGGCUCCCCGCCCUACGCCGCCCCGGAGCUGUUCCAGGGGAAGAAGUACGACGGGCCGGAGGUGGACAUCUGGAGCCUCGGCGUCAUCCUGUACACGCUGGUCAGCGGGUCGCUGCCCUUCGACGGACAGAACCUGAAGGAGCUGCGUGAGCGGGUUUUAAGGGGGAAGUACCGAGUGCCCUUCUACAUGUCCACAGACUGUGAGGGAAUCCUGCGCCGUUUCCUGGUCCUCAACCCCACCAAGCGCUGCUCCCUGGAGCAAAUAAUGAAAGACAAGUGGAUUAACAUCGGCUACGACAGCAACGAGCUGAAGCCUCACGUGGAGCCCGUGGAGGACCUGAAUGACACCAGCCGCAUCGAUGUGAUGGUCGGGAUGGGAUUCAACAGAGAAGAAGUCCGAGAGUCGCUGGUCAGUCAGAAGUACAACGAGAUCACCUCCACUUACCUGCUGCUGGGACGCAAGAACGAGACGGAGGGCAGCGUGUCCCGGUCGGGCAGCAGCCUGAGUCUGGCCCGGGUCCGGCAGGGCACCCUCUCCAACGGAACCAGCAAGCACUCCACGUCCUCGUCCUCCUCCGGCGCCGCCUCGACCUCCUCCGGCCAGAAGGCGCAGCGCAGCGCGUCCACCUACCACCGCCAGAGACGGCACUCCGACUUCUGCGGUCCCGCCGCUCCAGGCUCGGCACACCCCAAGCGAAGCCCCAGCGGUGUGGGCGAGGGGGCGGGGCUUAAGGAGGAGCGUCUGUCGAUACGCAAACCGGGGGCCACCACUGUAGGCUCCCGUAGCAUCCCGACCCCCUCCAGCCCCAUGGUCAGCUCCGCUCACAACCCCAACAAAGCCGAAAUACCCGACCGCCGCAAAGUAAACUCCACCACGAAUAACGUCCCUGCCAGCGCCAUGACUCGAAGGAACACGUACGUGUGCACGGACCGAUCCAGCACCGACAGACACAACCUGCUUCAGAACGGCAAAGAAAACAGCAACCUGUCCCACCGGCUGCCCCCCGCCUCCCCCUCCACCCACAGCAUUGCCGGGGCCUCCGGGGUCUCCUCCUCCUCCUCCACGCCCUCGUCCCGCCUCUCCCGGGGCUCCACGGUGAGGAGCACUUUCCACGGGGGGCAGAUCAGGGACCGCCGGCCCCCCUCCCACGUCCCCCCGGCGUCCCCCACGCCGUCCCACGACGCCAGCCCGCUGCCCCACGCCCGGACCCGGACCACCACCAACCUGCUGAGCAAGAUCACCUCCAAGCUGACCCGCAGGGUCACUCUUGACCCCUCUAAACGUCAGAGCUCAAACAAGUCCAUGUCGGGCUGCACCCUCCCACAGGGGACAAAAACAAAAGCGGCCGAGCCCCGGACCCCCCGAUGCGGCUGGGAUGUGAGGGUGCGCAGCCCCCGCGACCCGGCCGAGGUGGUGCAGGCCCUGCGCGAGGCGGCGCAGGGCUGCGGCUGCCAGGUGCACCUGGCGGGGCCCUUCCUCCUGUCCUGCACGCACGGGGCGGCCGGCGCCCGCGUGGCCUUCGAGGCCGAGGUGUGCCAGCUGCCCGGCGGGCCGGGCCACAGUAGCGGGGUGCGCUUCAAGCGCCUGUGGGGGGCGCCGCUCGCCUUCAGGGACAUCGCCGCCAAAGUCUCCAAGGAGCUGGAGCUCUGA